CUCGCGACGAUGUCUUGCAGUUUCGCGCUCUUUGGGCCUUCCCUUGCGCCAUGCCGGCGUAAGCGCAAGGUCUAUUGGGACGCACAAUUCGCAGCCCACGCCAGACUCCCCUCCGCGAACAACUUCUUUCGGCUUCCAAACGGUGCUGGAGGAUGAAAAAGAGUCUAUGGUCAAGAACGUCUUCGACUCGGUGGCUUCUUCAUACGACCUCAUGAAUGACGCCAGCUCUCUUGGUAUUCAUCGGCUCUGGAAGGACACAUUCAUCUCUGACCUGCGCCCUGGUCGACGCGGCCCUUUGCGGUGUAUUGAUGUCGCGGGUGGAACUGGAGACAUUGCGCUCGGCAUCUUAGACCAUGCACGAGAGAAAUACGCAGACCGGGAAACGACGGUCGAAGUUGUUGACAUCAACGCGGAAAUGCUCAAGGAAGGCUAUCGCCGAUUCAAAAAGACGAUGUAUCAUAACACUCCCCAAAUCUCGUUCCACGAAGCAAAUGCGCAAGAUCUUCCUGCCACACAAUUUGCGGACAACAGCUAUGAUUUGUACACAAUCGCUUUCGGGAUCCGCAAUUGUACCUCGAUUCCCGCGGUUUUGAGAGAAGCUUACCGCGUUUUGAAGCCAGGAGGUACAUUUGCGUGCCUUGAAUUCAGCAAGGUGAACAACCCGCUUCUGAGCCUGGCGUACGACCAGUAUUCGUUCACAAUGAUCCCUCUCAUGGGCACAAUCCUUGCUGGAGAUCGCGCAUCUUAUCAGUAUCUCGUCGAGUCAAUCCGAAAGUUCCCUCCGCAACCGGAAUUUGCCAGCAUGAUCAGGGAUGCAGGCUUCUCCACAGGCAAAGACGUUGAUGGGGCAGCUUGGACCAAUUUGUGGGGCGGGAUUGCUUGCAUUCACACUGGCGUCAAACUAUAAUCUACGUACUUAUGUUCUCAUAUACACGGGCACUUGUUCCUACGUCCCAAUGGUGCACAUCGUAGCACCGCUUUGACUUCAGUGUGUAAUCGUGUCACGUUUUGAUCUAGAGGGCCGCAACGCGCUUGUCUUCCGACCACCACCAUGGCUGCCUUGUCAAUGCCUGCUACAACCGCCGAUCUCAAGACAACUUGGGAGUUCCUCGAGGACGGCGUAGACCAUAUCAUGAACAAGCUUCAAACCGGUGUUUCUUAUUCCAAGUAUAUGUCCUUAUACACAGUGGCCUAUAACUACUGUACUGUAUCCAAGAUGCCUAGCAAUCCUGAAGCUGGCACCGGCAUCACAAAUCGAACGGGUGCCAGUCUAAUGGGAGCAGAGCUAUACAACAACCUCAUUCGAUACUUUGUCAACCAUCUCAAGAAUCUGCGAACAGAAGCGGAUACGAUGCAGAACGAGGCCCUACUUCAGUACUACGCUGCCGAGUGGGAGAGAUAUACGACCGGCGCCAACUACAUCAAUCGCUUGUUCACGUACCUGAAUAGGCAUUGGGUGAAACGCGAGCGCGAUGAGGGUAGGAAAGGCGUGUAUCCUGUUUACACGCUUGCACUCGUCUCUUGGAAAGACAAUCUCUUUGUGCAAAUCCAGAAGAGACACAACAAACUCGUUUCCGCUGUCUUACGACUGAUCGAGCUGCAACGCAACGGGGAAACGAUCGACCAAGGGCUCGUGAAGAAAGUGGUGGACUCACUCGUGUCGCUUGGUCUGGAUGAAUCAGACACCAACAAGGCGUGUCUGGAUGUCUACAAGGAUCACUUCGAGACGCCAUUCUUAGAGGCUACAGAAGCUUACUACAAGAACGAGUCCGAAUCUUUUCUGGCGGAAAACAGCGUCUCUGAUUAUCUGAAGAAAGCAGAGGAACGUCUGCGCGAGGAGGAGGAUCGGGUGGAUCGAUACUUGAACACGCAAACGCGGAAACCGCUCGUGCUGAAGUGUGAGCAGGUUCUCAUCCGCGAGCAUUCAAACCUGCUAUGGGAUACUUUCCAAUCCCUCCUGGAUUUUGACAAGGACGAAGAUCUGCAGCGGAUGUAUGCCCUCCUUGCCCGCAUUCCCGAGGGCCUUGAACCAUUGCGCAAGAAGUUCGAGGAGCAUGUCAAAAGGGCUGGUAUGGCUGCAGUGGCCAAACUCGUCGGGACGAACGCGGAUGGGACAGUCGAGGGAAAUGCGGAUGCAAUCGACCCCAAAGCGUAUGUUGACGCAUUGCUGGAUGUGCACAAGAAGAAUUCAGAGACGGUCAAUCGGAGCUUCAAAGGCGAAGCUGGCUUUGUCGCCAGCUUGGACAAGGCGUGCCGUGAAUUCGUCAAUCGGAAUGCAGCCACUGGCGCUUCCAAUUCCAAAUCGCCCGAAUUGAUUGCCAAGCACGCCGAUCUUCUUCUGCGAAAGAACAACAAGAUGGCAGAGGAGGAAGAUUUGGAAGCCGCCCUCAACCGAGUGAUGGUUCUAUUCAAGUACAUCGAAGACAAGGAUGUUUUCCAGCAGUUCUACACAACGAAACUUUCGAAGCGUCUUAUCCACGGUGUCUCUGCGUCGGACGAGAGCGAGGCGAGCAUGAUCUCCAAGCUGAAAGAGGCCUGCGGCUUCGAAUAUACGAACAAGCUGCAGCGAAUGUUCACAGACAUGAGUCUCAGCAAAGAUCUUACCGAUCAGUUCAAGGAACGGAUGCAACAAACUCACGAUGAUAAUGAUAUCAACUUUAGUAUCAUGGUCCUUGGCACCAACUUCUGGCCAUUGAACCCUCCGGCACACGAGUUUGUGAUUCCUGCCGAGAUUCUCCCGACGUACGACCGUUUCUCGCGGUACUAUCAGAUGAAGCACUCGGGGCGAAAGCUGACCUGGCUGUGGAACUACUCGAAGAACGAGCUGCGAACCAACUACCUUAACCAGAAGUACAUUCUCAUGACAAGUUCGUUCCAAAUGGCUAUCUUGGUCCAGUAUAACCGGAACGACACGCUUUCCUUGUCUGAGCUGGAGGCUGCCACCUCGAUUCCGAAGGACUAUCUGGCCCAAGUAUUGGCCAUUCUGGUCAAGGCGAAGAUUCUCGUCAACGAGGAGUCGGAACAAUACGAUCUGAACCCCGGAUUCAAAUCAAAGAAGAUCCGAGUGAACCUCAACUUGCCCAUCAAAUCAGAGGUCAAGGCCGACACGAGUGAAGUCCUCAAGACAGUCGACGAGGACCGGAAGUAUGUCAUCCAGGCAACGAUCGUCCGAGUGAUGAAGGCACGAAAGACGAUGAAGAACCAGCCUCUCAUUCAGGAGGUUAUCUCUCAAAUAUCACAACGCUUUGCUCCCAAGAUUCCCGACAUCAAAAAGGUCACUUGCCUUCUAACCAGUUUUUGUAUUUCUGAUCGACUCUCUUUGCAGGCCAUAGACACUUUGUUGGAGAAGGAAUACAUCGAACGUGUCGAGGGCACGCGAGACACCUUCGCGUACGUUGCAUAAUCACAUUCCCGUUCAUCUAGCUGUACUCGCCAUACAUUACCAAUUGUAUCAAUACAUUGCUUUGCAUUUCCUCCAUGA